CUUUUGAAUAAGACCCGAAUUUGCUACGCUUGAAGCUACGGAUGGUGCUUGUCGAAUAAGAUUUGGAUUUGAACUUGCAAAGCUCCUAGCUGCAGAUGCAGUAGCCAUUGUACUACUAAUAUUGUUAUCGGAAUGUGACGGAACAAGAGAGCGCGGUCUUGCCGCAGGGGCUCCGUUACGAGAUAUCGCGGCAUCAUUUAAGGCUGCUGAAGGUUUCGGUGAUAUUUUUGGUUUGACCGGUUUGGGAGGUUUAGGUAGUUUGCGAAUAGCAUUUAUGGCUUCGUAUGGAGGAGGUGGCUAAGAUUUUUCAAACUUAUGUCAGAUCAAUAUAUAAAAGAUUAAAAUAAUAUCAAUACCUCAACAGAUACCUCAUAAGAUGGUGGUCUAACUACAGCUGUUAGAUACAGUAGAUUAAUUAUUUAUAGCCAUCGUAAAAGUUAAGAACUUACGGGUAGAAUGGGGAUCUCUAGGAGGAUGAUUCCUAAAUCCCACUUGACUGAUAGGUUGGGAUUGGACAACAGUUAUGGUCCGUCUGUUGUUAUGAAAGAUUAUAUAGUUAGUUUCAAGUUGAAAGUAUUUACAAUUCACAUUACUCACCUUGUGUUUGAUUGUCUCAUUUUCCCACAGAAACUUUUUAUUAGAAAAAUUAUCUAAUAUUUAAAAAGGCACGAUUUCAAUAAUAGUUUUUAUCCCGAGCUUCUAUAGUGAAAGAUGAAUAAAGGGUUGUAAUUGGGUAACAUUUUUACAACCUUUCAUUACCUUUACAGAGUUUUAGAAAUUCUACGUGAAUCGUGAAUGAUAGUCUGCGUUUGAAAUCAAAUAGUAAACGUUACGAAGUUCAGAACGUUGGCGCCGAUUUUAUAUCAAUACAAUUAGAACUUUGUUCAAUUAGUCAAUAAAAUUCUUUAGACAUCUGUUUUUAUUUACAUAUUCCAAAAUCAGUUUAUAAAAUUCACAUUGACUACUUUUAUGCAAAUUUAUCGUGUUACUGACGGGUGUACCAUUGUUAAUACAUAAUACAAUCUUUUUUCUGAGCGACAAUAGAUUUGUACACUUAUGCUCAUACGAAGUGAAAAAAACAGCUGAACUUUGAACCAUUCCUUUGUUCUAAAAAGUCUCUCUAACAAUAGAAUGGAAAAUUUAUAAAGUUGGUUAAAAAAGGAAGCAUGGAACUUUCAAGAUUCUAUAAAAAGAACGCUUUACACGAGGGAAAUAUUAACCGGAUCAAGUCUCGAAUUAUUAAAGCUCUAAACGAACUUGAUAUUAUUGAAGACUUUAAAACAGAAGGGUGUUAUUACGUAGAAAGUUCUACAACAUUAAAUGAUGUUCAAAAAGAGAAAUUUCUUUGGAUUAUUCAAGAACCAUUCAAAAAUAAUGAAAUUACAAGUGAAAGUAUCUUGAAAUCGAAAGAUUUCUCAAAAAGUCAACUAUCUAUAGAAAUAGGACCAAGGUUGAACUUUUGUACUCCAUUCAGUACAAAUGUGGUUUCAAUAUGUCAGCAAAUAGGCUUAAAAGAGAUAAGUCGGGUGGAGACGUCGGUUAUCUAUUUAAUAAAGACAAAGCGGAUAUUGGAAAAAGGAGAAAAAUUGAAGGUGACACAAGCAUUAUAUGACAAAAUGACGGAAUGCGUUUAUGAGGAAACCCUAAAAUCCUUUCAAGUACCUGUAAAUCCCAAUGAAGUUUUCGAAGUUGAUAUUCUGGGGGAAGGUCGAUCUGCCUUAAAGAAAGUCAGCAACGAUUUAGGCUUAGCUUUUGAUGAUUGGGAUUUGGAUUAUUAUACAAAAUUAUUUAGCGAUAAAAUAAGGCGUAAUCCAACAAAUGUAGAAUGCUUCGAUUUAGCCCAAUCUAACAGCGAACAUUCGCGUCAUUGGUUUUUUAAAGGCAGGAUGGUCGUUGAUGGUGAAGAAGAAAAAAAUUCUCUAUUUCAAAUGGUUAUGAAUACACAAGAGUAUUCGAAUCCAAACAACGUUAUCAAAUUUAGUGAUAACAGCAGUGCGAUUCACGGCAGCCAAGUUGACAUUUUAAGGCCUAGUCAACCGGAAAGCGCUUCACCUUUUGAAUAUUUCAAAAGCGUCAAACGACACGCCCUCCUCACUGCUGAAACUCACAACUUUCCUACUGGUGUAGCACCUUUCCCUGGAGCUACUACAGGUACGGGAGGCAGAAUUAGAGAUGUUCAAGCAACUGGAAGGGGUGCUAAUGUUGUUGCCGGCUCAGCUGGAUAUUCUUUUGGAAAUUUGUUGUUGGACGACCUUGAUUUACCAUGGGAAGACAAAUCUGCGAUAUACCCACCUAAUUUUGCAAAACCCUUGGACAUAAUUAUCGAAGGCAGUAAUGGAGCGUCUGAUUAUGGAAAUAAGUUUGGUGAACCAGUUAUUACCGGAUUUGCAAGAAAUUUUGGUGGAAUAGUAGGAGGGAAACGAGUAGAAUGGAUAAAACCGAUCAUGUUUAGUGGUGGAGUUGGGUCUCUAGAUGAUAGUGAUAUUCAUAAAUUAGAUCCUGAAAAAGGGAUGAAGAUUUGUAAAGUUGGGGGACCUGUUUAUAGAAUAGGUGUUGGAGGCGGUGCUGCCUCGUCAGUCAAAAUUCAGGGUGAUAAUGAAGUGGAAUUAGACUUUGGAGCAGUCCAAAGAGGUGAUGCAGAAAUGGAGCAAAAAUUAAACAGAGUUAUAAGGGCAUGUAUAGAAUCUAAAGAAAACCCUAUUUGCAGUAUUCACGAUCAAGGAGCGGGUGGAAACGGCAAUGUACUAAAAGAAAUAUCUGAACCUCUUGGCGCAGAUAUAAUGAUUAGUAAAUUUCGCUUAGCGGAUCCUACGUUAAGUGUAUUAGAAAUAUGGGGAGCUGAAUAUCAAGAAAGCAACGCUAUCUUGAUUAAAGAUAAAUCAACUGAAAAGUUAAAGGCAAUUAGUAAAAGAGAGAGAUGUUCUGUCGAUUUUGUUGGUGAAAUAACUGGUUCAUCUAGGAUAAGAUUGGUUGAUGAUAGAUUGAGGAAAAGCGGGAAAGUAGAAAAUGUUGUUGAUCUGGAUCUUGAAUCUGUUUUAGGCAAAAUGCCUAGAAAAAUUUUCAACAUGGAAUCUCCUACUGAAAAUAAGGAACCCCCCUUUAAACUACCUGUAGGUACUAACGUUAUGGAAGCUCUUGAGCGCGUUCUGACACUGCCCUCUGUCGGCUCUAAAAGGUAUCUUACGAAUAAAGUUGAUCGUUCUGUCACUGGUCUUGUUGCACAACAACAGUGUGUAGGUCCAUUACACACUCCAGUAGCCGAUGUCGGGGUUGUUGCAUUAUCUUACUUCUCAAAGUACGGCACAGCAACAUCUAUAGGGGAGCAACCGAUAAAGACUUUAGUUGAUGCGGAGAAGGGAGCUCGUAUGGCGGUGGGGGAGUCCUUAACGAACCUUGUAUGGGCAUUCAUAUCCGAUUUGCGAGACGUAAAAUGUUCAGCUAAUUGGAUGUGGCCAGCAAAAAUUGAGGGUGAAGGUUCAAAACUAGUGAAAGCUUGCAAAGCUAUGUGUGAGUGUAUGAAGCAGUUGGGUAUAGCCGUUGAUGGUGGAAAGGAUUCUUUAAGCAUGGCUGCUAGGGUUCAAAAUGAUACAGUAAUAUCACCUGGAACUUUGGUCAUUUCUAAUUAUGUUUCUUGCUCGGAUAUCACAUUAACUGUUACUCCUGACCUUAAGUGUUCUAACGGCGUUAUAUUUUAUGUUCCUCUUUCUCCUGGAAAAAGCAGACUGGGUGGUUCGGCUUUAGCUCAAGUUUUUGGACAAAUAGGAUGCAAUUCCCCUGACCUUGAAGAUUGUAACUAUUUUAAGAAAGUCUUCAAUAUAACGUCUAAUGAUAUUGCAGAUAAAUUUUUAACUUCUGGUCAUGAUGUCAGUGAUGGUGGUCUUAUAACAUGUCUUUUAGAGAUGGCCUUUGCCGGAAAUUGUGGACUAGAAGUGAACAUAAAAAAUAAGAAUAAUGAUGCUAUUGACUACUUAUUUGCAGAAGAAUUGGGUUUGGUAUUUGAAGCGAAUGAAAAAGAUAUUCCUUUGAUAAAUCAGCUCUUCUCAAAUUCUGGAAUUAUUUGCGAAGAAGUUGCAAGGACUAAGAUAAUAAAUGAAGUGGAAAAUUCUAAAAUCUCUAUAUGUUUCAAUGGAGAUGAAAUAAUUAGUGAGAGUAUGGUUCGACUGAGAGAUAUUUGGGAAAGGACUAGUUUUGCUUUGGAAAAAAGACAGACAAAUCGUGUUUGCGUAGAAGAAGAGGAAAGUAAUUUAUCAACUAGAAAAAAUCCAACUUAUGUAUAUAGGUUCGACUGCGAUGAUCUUGUCAAUAAAAUUAGAUUAUUAAAUCAUAAUAGAAAGUUUAAAGUAGCUAUAAUAAGGGAAGAAGGUUCAAACGGAGAUCGAGAAAUGGCCGCAGCAUUCUAUUCCGCAGGGUUUGAGGUUUGGGACGUUAAUUCUCAAGAUAUUUGCGAUGGAUUCUCUCUUGAUGGCUUUAACGGUGUUGCCUUUGUGGGUGGCUUUAGUUAUGCAGACGUUUGUGGAUCGGCAAAGGGUUGGGCAGCCACUAUCAGAUACAAUGAUAAGGCGAAAAAACGGCUUGAUAGAUUUUAUAGUCGACCAGAUACAUUCAGCUUGGGAGUUUGUAACGGAUGUCAACUAAUGGCGUUAUUAGGUUGGAUAGAUGGCGUUUUUAUCGACCACAAUGUAUCCGAGCGUUACGAAUCUCGUUGGGUUAGUGUUCGUAUUAGAGAGUCAAAUUCGAUUCUAUUAAAAGAUAUGGAAGAUAGUAUUCUUGGCGUCUAUGUUUCCCAUGGAGAAGGACGAUUUACGUACAACGACUCGAGCGCUUUAUCCAACAUUAAAAGAAAUAAGCAGCUAUGCAUGCAGUACGUGGACGCCAAAUGCGAGCCAACAAUGGAAUAUCCCUUAAAUCCAAAUGGAAGUAGGGAAGCGGUUGCUGGCUUAUCUUCAGAAAAUGGUCGUCAUUUAGCCGUAAUGCCUCACCCGGAAAGGUGCUUUUUAUCCUGGCAAUGGCCUUAUAAGCCAUCGCCUAUAGCUAAUUAG